CACGCGAUCCCCUUCCGUUGCUGAUUGACGUCUGUCAACCGCCGAACUAAAACUCGAUCAACUUCGAAAUUAAAAAUAAUUAUUCAAUUUGUUAUAUGUAAAACUGGAAACGGUGCGGACGUGAAUAACUUGCCGAGGCAAUAAUUCAAAAUGUUGCGACCUUUGUUAGAUAGUUUUUGGACCCCGAAUGUUUGGUUACCGCCAAAUACGACGUGGGAAGAUAUUGCCCCUGGGCCACAUAAGGCGGUACGAUACACCGACUAUCGUCACGUUUUCUUCCCGAUACCGUUAGCGUUUGUGUUCAUAGCCCUGCGCUUCAUAUUACAGAGGACAGUGUACGCCCCAUUUGGUAAACACCUAGGAAUAAAGGAUACAAGGAAUAGGAAAGCACCGAAUAACCCUAAACUAGAAGCGGCCUAUAGAGCUUCGCCUAAAUUAAAACAGCCAUGCGGUCUCGCGAAGCAAUUGGAUAUGACGGAGCGCCAGGUGGAGCGCUGGUGGCGAUUGCGACGGUCACAGGACAAACCCUCAACCCUCGUCAAGUUCUGCGAGAACCUGUGGAAGUUUACCUUUCAUUCCAGCAACUUUGUCUUCGGUCUUUGCAUAUUGUGGAACAAGUCGUGGCUCUGGGAUAUCGACCACGCGUACCUUGGGUACCCACAUCAGGGUGUGACAGACGACGUGUGGUGGUAUUACAUGAUCUCUGCUGCGUUUUACCUCUCCCUCACCAUCAGUCAAUUCUGGGACGUGAGGCGCAAGGACUUCUGGCAGAUGUUCCUGCACCACGUAGCCACCGUGUCCCUCAUCAGCUUCAGUUGGGUCUGCAACUUGCAUAGGAUCGGCACUUUGGUGUUGUUGUUGCAUGAUGCUGGGGAUAUAUUCGUUGAGGCGGUGAAGGCAUCCAAGUAUGCUAACUAUCAGAAGACAUGUGACACGCUUUUCCUUGGCCUCAUUAUCGUGUGGAUCGGCACCAGAAUCAUCAUCUUCCCCUAUCACCUGCUUUGGAGCACAUGGAUCCGCGCGCCGAUGUUGCUGCCGAUGUUCCCCGCCUACUACAUCUUCAACUCCCUGCUGCUGCUGCUGCUGAUGCUGCACGUCGUCUGGACAUACCUCAUCCUGCAGAUGGCCUACAGGACCAUACAGGCCGGCAAGAUGGAGGGCGACAUCCGCAGCUCCAGCGACGUGAGCGACAGUCCCGCCACCAACAACCACCAUGAGAACAACAUCAACAACAAGAAAGAUAAAUAGAUUUGUUGAAGAAUAACAAUCGUGUUCGUUCUAGAAGAUAGUAGAAGUUGUCGCCAUCAGUAUACUUGUGUCAGCUUAUCUUCUGUGUGAAAGAGAUUACUUCUUGAUUUAAAGAAGAAACAUUUUGUGUUAACAAUUAUGUUACAUCACAUUUUUGUUACUUAUUUUGUAAAUGUAUUCUUGUCUCGAAUUAUACUAUAAAUUCAAUUAAACUUUAAUUAAUUGUUUUGUCUCGAAUGACCGACUGGUUUAUUUCAUUGUAAAAUCAACUCUAUUCCCAACUAAUAAGGCUUUGAAUAGGAAUUAGCCAAAGAUAGCAAUAGUAUACCGUAGUUGUUAAAGAACAUAAUUGACUUGCAGUUUGUUGAAUACUUACAUUUCUCUUUACAAUUAUGUUUAUAAUAUCAAGCUAUUUUAGUAUUUGAUCAUUGAAAAAAUAUUUUAAAAACAAAUUAAUAUAAUA